AUGGCCGACCGAUUCUUCUUCCUGCGCGUCGCAGCGAGCAAGUCACCUAUCAACGCUGUCUUUCCAUUUGCUCAGCAGUCAACACUGGGAAGUGCUGCUGUGCACUAUUGGCCUGCAAAGCGCGGCAUCGACACUGCCCCCGAACACGUCACAGUACUCAUGCUGGGCAACCCGGGAAGCCUGGACUACUACACCAAGUUUAUGCACUAUAUCCAGGACCAGCUGCCUGACUCGCAUGCGCUCCUCGCUCUGUCACAUGUCGGCGCUGACCCUCGCCUCCCGCCUCCCGAGGACGGGCCUCUCGACCUGCCACAGCACCUGGCGACCAAGAUCGACUUUAUCCAAUCGCUCAAGCAGUCGCUGGGGGAAUGGGCGCGCGAGACAGACGAAAAUGCGCCUCAGCCCAAGGUCGCCCUCGUCGGUCACUCGGUCGGCGCGUGGCUCACUGUCGAAAUCAUGAAGCGCGUUGACAUCGAGGCCGGAUACCUCAUGUUCCCGACUCUUGGCUGGAUCGCUGACACCCACAAUGGAUGGAAGCUCUGGCCCAUUUUCCGCGCGCCGCUGUUCCAGUUCCUCCCCAUGCUCGCAGGUACCACCAAGCCGGUCACCUCGGCGGUGUGCAGCGCCUUCUCCGUCAACCCGGCCACUGCUGAGAUGAUCGGGUCAUCCGACAUUGUCCGCUCUGUCCUCACGAUGGCGACGUCCGAGAUGAAGGUCAUCAGGAGCCCCGAUCUGGAGUGGUACAAGGCUCAGGCGCAGAAACCCCGCGCCAACGGCGUAUACGGCGUGUGGUCCGGCAGUAGCCUCGACGGCUGGGUUGGCAAGGAGGGACCCAUGAUCCGUGAUGUGCUCGGCGAGAAGCGCUCAACGGUGUUGGACGGUGUCCCGCAUGCCUUUGUUCUGAACGACGCCCACUCGCAGACAGUGGCCGAUGUCGUCGCUGGCUGGAUCAACGGCAGCAAGCCCAACGGCCAUCUCUAG